GAUUUGUGAAUCCAUAUUGUGACUCUAAGGGCAAAGGGCACCUUAUAUGCACAUUAUGCACACCCAUUAGAGAUCGAGAGGUCCAUCUACUACGGAUUCGCAACCCCAUGGCGUGUAGACAGGCCGUGGUAGGAGCAGACAACUACCGACCCAAGUUUUAGUUCGAUAUGUCACAGUUCAAAAUAAAUCCAAUCCUAGCGCGCAUGCUAGGCACCCCAACCCACCUCCGUAAUGGUCGUUGCGAUUUUGACAUCAGUGAAGAGGCGGACGGUACAUUUUCAUUUUCUCAGACCAGAGCAAAACUAUUGCAAGAGCAUGGAACCGAGUGGGACAGAACCUUCCUCACACAGCCACCAUGCCAGAGUGUCAGUAUUUUCAUAGCAGGCAAGCACGUGGGGCUUAUUCAAGUUGCCACAUGUGAUGACGAUCAAGAUAUACGGAUCGGAUAUGUCUUCCAGCACAUCACAAGCAUCGCGCCCACACUGGCGACGCAGUCGGCCAGCAACAUCAGAGCAUUUCUAGGAAAACAACCACAACAAUACAACCUACCAACCCAAGAAACAACAGGCGAAUUUAUAUGGGAGUCGAAUAUGACUCGGGAGGAAUGGGUAGAAAACAGAGCAUCCCGAGUUGACAAAGGACACCCCGAAAGCAGGCGAGAUCCCAGGCGAAAUCCCAGGCGAGAUCCCAUGUACAGAGACUGGACAUGGAAACAUCGCAUCGUCCCCCCCAGCAAGAUGCAGAUAUCCAUAGUGCUCAAAAAGCGCGCCGAGGCCAGGAAUGACAUAAGAGAUGACCACCUCAACGACGGGAGAAAGAUACGCAGUGAUUCACACUUUCCGUCAUGGGCAGGCUACAUCCCACACAGACUACCAGGCAGCGCGCGACUAGAGUUGUCGACACAGUGGGAUGGAGGAGGGACAGAGCCGCUUCUACCUAAAGAAAUACUAGAGGGUACUGGACGCAAUGUCUGGCUAGGACGGGCAAACUAUACGACCAACGGGCAGAUCAACAACGGGCAUACACAGUGACCACGAGGGGACCCUUACACUCAACCGACACGCCGAACGAGAAGAUAAACGGGCCACUGGCUAGCGGCGAUGAUAGCGCAGGGCUACUAAAAUUUGUCCUAAUGUCCGCCUAGACAAUAUCACCAUUGGAAUCCAAAGUAUCAUCUGCAACAUCCUCCUCAACAGAACUAGCCCAAUAAAGACUAGUAGUAUCCAGGCCAUCCAAGACACCCAAGUCAGCCAGAUGAAACCCAAGAGUCCUAGCGAAGCAAACUCCAAAGCGGAGAUUAUUGAGACGGAAGAGCCGGCGUACGCGUAGGCAGGCAAUGUAGUAAUCCCCAGUAAUAUACCUAAGAAGAUUAGCAGAAUAAAAGAAAAGAAAAAAGAAGAGAUAUACCGUAACUCCGGAGG